AUGAAUGAUAAAGAUAAUAAAGAAAAUCAAAAUGAAUAUAUAUCACAUAUUACUCAAUCCAAAAAAGAAGAAUUAAAAAGAUUAGAAUCAGCAGGAAAUUUACCAAGAAGAGUUAAAGUAUAUUUAUUAAAUGGAGAAGAUUGGAUAGAUAAUGGUACAGGUUUUUGUACAGGUGAAAUAGAUCCUCAAACAAAUAUACCAUAUUUUUUAGUUAAAAAGGAAAAUCAAGAAAAUGAUACUAUAUUAAAAUCAUAUUUAGAAGGUUCAAUUCAAUAUCAAAGACAACAAGAAACUUUAAUAGUUUGGACUGAUUCAAAUGGUACUGAUUUAGCUUUAUCAUUUCAAGAAACUGAAGGUUGUGCAGAUUUAUGUGAUUUUAUAAUAAAAGUUCAACAGGGGAAUAUAAGUCCACAUAUUUCUUUAUAUUAUGUGAUUUCAAAUAUACCUGAUGGUGGAGAUGAUAUAACCGAAUUUAUUACUGGACCAAUAAGAUAUCCACCAUUAUUACCUUCAAAAGAUAAUUUGAUUUCAGCAUUUGAAAAUUUAAAUCAAGGAAUUAAUUCUCAAUUUACUAGAUCAAACAUACUGGAUUAUAUAAUAGAUACAAAAUAUUGUGAUAAAUUAAUAAAAGUUUAUGAAAAAGCAAGUAGUGGAAAUGAUAAAGAAGCAUUAUGUUUAAUAAGUGACAUUUAUAAAAUAUUAUUUGCAUACAAUGAACCAUCAUUGGUUGAAGAUUUAAUAGGUACCGAAGAAAGAAUAUUAGCUUUAGUUGGAAUAUUUGAAUAUGACUCAGAGUACCCCGAAUCUAAAGCAGAUUACAAGUCAUUGUUUGAAGAAAAAUCUUUUAAAACAGUUAUACCCGUUAAUAAUUUAGAAAUAUUUAAGAAUGACUUUUAUCUAAACACUUUGAAAGAUGUAAUUUUGGCAAGAUUUUUAGAUAACCAAACUUUUAGCACUUUCAACACAAUGAUAUACGCAAAUCAAAUGAAGAUAUUUGAAUAUUUAAAAGAUGCAAAUGUUUUGGAAAAAGUUUUUGAAAUAUAUGAAGAUAAAGAUAAAGAUAUAGAGUUGAAAAGAGAUGGAUUGAAAAUGCUACAUCAAUAUUUAAUGAUAGCCAAGUCACUACAGAAGUCUGACUUUUUUACAUUGUUGGUUAAUUCUGGUUUAUUUAAAAUGAUAAUUUUUGCAUUACAAGAUGAAGAAGAUAAAACUCGAAUUUUGGGAACUGAAUUAAUUGUUAUGAUUAUUGAUCAAGAUAUUACUUUAGUCACUAAAUUAGAAGAUGAGGAAGAAAGUCUUAUAAUUGAAUCAAUCACACCUUCAAGUCUGGUACGAGAAGGCAAUAACGAGGCUAAACUAAAUGGUAUUGGUGUAAAAAGUAUGAAAGCUGACGCGAAUAAAACCAAAAGUCACAACAUGGGCCUAAUAUCCACCUUGGGGAAUCUUCUAGCAAAUGAUAAAAAUAUUGGAUUAAAAAUGCAAGCAUAUGAAGCUAUAAAAACAUUAUUGGAUGCAAACAAUAAUUUUACUUAUGUUGGGAAUAACGAAAACGAUGCCACUAGUACUGAUUCAAUAUUGGGGGAGAUUGAUCAAGACAUAGUUGAUAAUCAAAAAACCAAAGAGGAUAAUAGAGUAUAUCAUUAUUUCGAAUCAUUUUACACAAUAGUUGCACCAAUAUUAUUUGAAAAAGUGAUAUCAAAUGCCACCAGCAAUAAGUCAUCGUCUAUAUUAAAAGAGGAUGAAACAUUAUACCAAAUACUAUGUGAACUAGUUUCGUAUUGUUCAAAAGAACAUGACAUUUCAUUAUCAAGACCAUUCAUUAUUGAACACAAUAUUCUAGAAGGAUUUGCAAAAUUAUUAUCAUCAAAUUGUAAAAAAGUUUUAAAACUACAUAUUGUUAGAUGCAUUAGAGAUAUACUACUACUAAAUGAUAAUUUAUACACUCAAUAUAUCCUAAAAAAUAGAAUACUAAAUUAUUUAAUUGAUUAUUUCAAAUUAGUAUCAAAUGAAAAUAGUUUAUCAAACUCAACUUUUUUAGAUUUUUUAGAAUCAAUAAUAAGAUUAGCUGAUGCUUCAAAUUAUGAAAACAGAAAUAAUUUCAAAUUAAUUGCAACUUAUCUUAUUGAUGAAUAUCGUGAAUUUAUGAUGAGUAUUGAUUAUAUAGAUACUGGUCAAAAAUUAAUAACUUUGGUUGAUAAUAAAUUUAAUGAAAUAAUUCCAAAUGAUAAUGACAAUGAUAAUGAUGAUGAUGAUGAAUUUGAUGAUGAUAAUGAAAAUAAUGAUAUAAAAUUAACUUUAAAAUUAAGUGAUGUUGUUGUAAAAGAUGUUGAACAUUUGGAAUUGAUAAAAACUGAUGAAUUGGUUGGUUCAGAUGAUGAAGAAGAGAUAUUAAUUAACAAUGCGUCUACUCCAAUAAGUGAUGAAGAAGAAGAACAACAACAAAUUGAUAUACCUGAACAGAAUGGAGAUAAUCAAGAGCAAGUAGAUACAAAAGCAUCUUUUAAAAUAGGUGAAAAAAGACCAAGAGGUUCUUCAAAGGGUAAUUCAGAAGAUGAUAGAAUAGAAAAUUAUAGUACCAAAAAAUCUUCAAGAGAAUCAUCAAUAUCAAUCUCCAAUUCAAAUCAAGUAAAUGGAUUUAAAUCAAAUGAAGAUGAAUUUAUAAAUUCAAAUUUAAAUUCUCAGUCUUUACAUACCAAUGGUUCAAACGGAAUAGAAAUUGCAACUACACCAAGUAAUAAAAUAUUAGUGAAUGCAACAGGAAAUGGGAAAGGUGAGGAUUGA